AUGGAAGGAGGUGCAAGGGGAGAUGAGGCCGCGGCUUUCGACAGCCUUAUGGUUCGAGACCCCUAUGAAGAAUCCGAGCAUGCUGAUGAGGCUCGCUCGAGGUGGUGUUGCUUGAGACACAAUCUUCCGGCGGCAGUUUGCUUUGUACUCGUUGGUGCUGUCAAGGUGACUUGCAAGAAUGUCGGCAAAUGGUGCUGGUGCUUGUUGCGGCGGGCUUUCUCGCCGAGGUCGCAGCCUCUUCUAAGCCUGCCAGUGUCCAGCCGAGACCUCGAGAGCUACCCAGGCGGAAACUUUGCCAACGCACAAGCAGAGGGCUGGCAAGACAGCCCACCAGCGGUCAGCCGGCCACAUGCGACGCUGGCCAAUGAAGCUUCUCCCCUGGAGCUGCCCACCUCUGGAAAAACGCUGGUAGCUGGAUUCUAUUUGAGUGACUGGCAACUUCCUCCGGGUCUUGGCAAUAGGAACUUGGACGACCUUGUUUCCGAGGUCGAGCAGUCCUGUGCCAGAGUUGGGCCAAUAACUAGACAGCAAGCUCUGCGAUUAGUCAUUGGCAUGGGCUACAACCCAGAAGCUGCCAUAGCCAAAUGGCAAGAGGUGGUAUCCUGGAGGAGACAGCAUCACAUGGAUGCCGUUCGCGCACGCCUCAAUGGCGAAAUGUGCAGCCAAGAGCCUGUGCGCUUUUCACACGAAGCAGACGUGUACAGCAGGCUGUUUCGUGGUUGCCCAUGUGCCUUGUUGACUGCAGAUGGCCGCCCUGUAUCGGUGUGGCACGCGGGUGCCGCAGACAUGGGGAAUGUGGGUGCAUUACUGCCGGAGCAAUGUCGGACAUGGAGCCAGGAAGUCUUUGAGUACGCAGAUUUGUGGAUAGCUCGAGAGACCGAAAGGACGAAAUGCCUCACUGGCUACAUUCAGAUCUACAACAUGCAGGGCUUGAGCCUUCGACAGGUAACCUCAGCAGAGGUCAAGGAUCGGCUAAAGGCGGCUCUGUCUGCUGGUGGCUUCUAUGUUGAGGCAGUGGCGCAUAUUUAUGUGGUGAACGCUUCGCGCUUGUUUUCCAUGGCUUGGAAGCUAGUUCGAGGAUUCCUAUCCCCCUGGACAGCAUCGAAGAUCACCGUCUCAAGUUCGGUCCCAGAAGAGCUAAUCGCAGAAUUAGGAGGCCCCACCUCGCAGUCCACGGACGAUCUGCACAGACUCCUUGCGACCGCAGCUGAUGCGACAUCUUCUGGACCCUGCUUAGCAGCGGUGCGAAGGCCACAGAUCGUUGUGCAGGCGUCCCCCAGGAGGGUAUCUGAGGAAAGUGUCAGUGCAGCAUCCAACUCCUUGACAAGCACAAGAUGCUCUUUCGAACCAACGGCAGAAAUGGCAGAAGCCGUUCUUCACUCAAGUGAGGAGGCCCUGGAGCCGAUCCCAGACAUUCCGGGAGCCUUGCAUGUCGCAGGGUUCUUCUUGCGGCCUGACCAGCUACCGCCUGGCUUGGAAGACAGAGACUUAGAUGCCCUCGUUGAAGAUGUGCACAAGUCGUGCUCACAGGUGGCUGCGCUCUCGAAGCAGCAAGCUUUGAGGUUAACCCUCGGAAUGGGCUAUAAUACCCACGCCGCGAUUGCAAAGUGGCAGGAGGUGGUGCAGUGGCGGAAAGCCAACAGCAUGGAUUCUGUCCGGCAGGAGCAGGCAGACAAGAUGCGCGACACAAGGCCUGUAACCUUUCCCUAUCAGAAUGAGGUCUUUGCCAAGCUUGUUUGCAUUAGCCCGUGCGCUCUGCUGGCAGCGAAUGGCACGCCCGUGUCAAUCUGGCAUGCUGGGACCCUUAAUGCAAGCGAAGCCGCUUCACUGCCAUCGGAGCAUGUGGCGCAGUGGAGCCGAGCAGUCUUUGAAUACAAAGACUUGUGGAUCAGCAUGCGUAGCGAAAGCCAGAAGAGACUUUUGGGCUAUGUUCAGGUGUACGACAUGCAAGGAUUGAGUUGGCGACACUACUCUUCCAGAGAGAUUGCGGACAAGUUGAAAACUGCAUUGCAGUCUGGGAGCUUCUAUGUGGAAGCAGUGAGCCACAUGUAUGUCAUCAACGCGUCCCGGCUUUUUUCUGUGGUAUGGAAGGUGGUUCGCAACCUGAUUUCCCCGUGGACUGCUUCAAAGAUCUCGGUCUCCAGCGGAGUUCCGGAUGACCUCAUUCACAGCUUAGGUGGGCCUACGUCUUCUGCGGCACGCCAGUUCCAGAAGCUCAUCGCCAGGAGCCCGGAAGAGGCAGCGAGCCUAACAGCUGUACUGCGACCCCCGGGACAGGUGCCAGAGCCGACCUCUCCCACCUCGGCGAUGGCCAACUGCUCGGUGGUCACGGAAGUUGGCUCCCAGUCGGGGUGUACGGGUGAGAAGCCAGUGAAUGACAUUGAGACGGACAUGAGCUCCGUAAACUUAGAAGUGGAGGUUGAACCGGUAUCUCCAGGCACACGUUGUGUCGGCGGCUACUUCUUGGAACGAAGCCAGCUUCCGCCUGGCUGGGAGGGCCACGACUUGGAUGCAUUGUUGGCCGAAAUCCACGGCACAUGCUCUCACAUAUCGCCGCUAACAAAACAGCAGGCACUCCGGCUGAUGCUCGGCAUGGGCUAUGACCGAGUAGCGGCAGUCUCCAAAUGGCGAGAGGUUUCUGCGUGGCGUGAGGCCAACAGCCUGCAGACGGUCAGAAAACAGCAGCUUGCGAUGAUGGGCGGCGUGGGGCCUGUCUCCUUUCCGCACGAGGAGGAGAUUUACACGAAGCUGCUAAAGGUUUGCCCUUGCGCGUUGUUGGCUUCCAAUGGUGCCCCGGUGUCGGUGUGGCAUGCAAAAACUCUGAACUCCAGAGCAGCUGAGCUUUCCACGGAUGAAAUACGUUCGUGGAGCCACGCGGUCUUCGAGUACAAAGACUUGUGGAUUACGCGUGAGAGCGAUGAAAGAAGCCGGCUCAUCGGAUACAUACAAGUCUAUGACAUGCAGGGUGUUGGCCUGAGGCAUUUGACGUCCAGAGACAUCGGCGAGAAGUUCAAAAGUUGCUUGCAGCCGGGUGCUUUCUACAUGGAGGCCGUUUCACACAUGUACGUUGUGAACGCUUCUGCCUUAUUCUCAAUGGCCUGGAAGGUGAUCCGAAAUCUGAUCUCGCCGUGGACGGCCUCCAAGAUCACAGUCUCCAACUCCAUCCCAGAUGAGUUGAUACGUGAUCUGGGCGGGCCUGAGUCGACUGCAUUCCAAAAGUUGAAAGAGAUCCUGGGCACCGAGAAAGCCGACCUUGGCAAGAUCCCCGUGAUGCGCCCGAGCGCUGCCUUGUGA